AUGCCACCCGCAGAGGGCGGUAGUAGUACUUCAGCGGGCCUAGAGCAGGCUUACCUGUUCCUUUCGACUCCGAGGAAUCUGCUUGAUCCAAUAUUUGCAUGGUCGUACCCAUUCAGUCCAUUUGGCUCGGGGCUCCAAGGCUGGACCGCAUGUAACUACACCCCGUUGAUUGGCCAGGGGUCCGCUUUUCCAACGAGCGGGCCGAUCACGACCCAAGCGUGGAUGAGGAACCCGGAUUCACAAUCUCAGGAGCCCCUACCGAUAAUUCCUUCGACGGAUGAUGUCUUGUCGGUGUUCAGUACUCGUAACAGUAGCCCGAUCGAGGCGCAGCUACCGACUAAAGGCCCGAAGGCCAUCCAGGAGCAAGGGUCUGGCAACGAUCAACAGGUGGACACCCAAAGUUCAAGCCAAGGCGUAAGCUUCAAGUGCAAAUGGCAAGGAUGUACCCACACCGGUACUUUCGGAGCCAAAAGCAGCCUCUGGCGACACAUCGAUUCGACCCACGUUUCCCCGGACUCGCUCAGAUGUCCCGGAUGCAAAAAGACCUUUGGGCGCAGGGACAAAUACAAUGCCCAUGUCCGACUCGUUCAUCGGGAUAGGGCAGAUUUGAUUGAUUCCCUUGGUCGAUCGAAUUGCGCUUAGCGUAUUCUUGAGUCUUCAUUGUCAUCAAGUUAAGUUCUAUAUCCUCGGCGAUCUCGAAUUAUCUUUUCAAAAUCUCCCAAGGGGGCGAUGGCGUUGGCCAUGGACAUGGGCGGUACAGGAAAUAUCAGGAACAGGUGUAAUUCGUGACGUGUUUGACAUUUCGGUUUGAUUGGCCCAUGUCUAUAUCUCUG